UGUUUUUCUCCCACACAGGUCAAGUGACGACCCAUAAAAAGAUCCGACUCUCUCUUCAGAUUUCUCUUCGUUCAUUCGAUCCACACACACAAGGAACCCCAAAAAAGUCUCUUCCUUUCUUCUUCUAAUGGAUGGUAACGUGGGUCAACCGGCUGCUGAUACAGAGAUGUCUGAAGCUACAGGCGGUGCUGCUCCUUCUAAUCAGAUGACGGGGAUAGAGAAUAUUCCGGCGACUCUCAGCCACGGAGGGAGGUUUAUACAGUAUAACAUAUUCGGGAACAUCUUUGAGGUCACAGCUAAGUAUAAGCAUCCCAUCAUACCUAUUGGCCAAGGUGCUUACGGCAUCGUCUGUUCGGCUAUAAACUCUGAAACUAAUGAGAGCGUUGCGAUUAAGAAAAUUGCAAACGCUUUUGAUAAUAAGAUUUAUUUAAAGAGGACUCUCCGUGAGAUCAAACUGCUUCGUCACAUGGAUCAUGAGAAUAUUGUUGUAAUCAGAGACAUAAUACCGCCACCGCUAAGAAACGCUUUCAACGAUGUUUACAUCGCUUAUGAGCUAAUGGACACUGAUCUCUAUCAAAUCAUACGGUCUAACCAAAUUUUAAAGGAAGACCAUUGCCAGUAUUUUCUUUACCAGAUCCUGCGUGGAUUGAAAUACAUUCAUUCAGCAAAUGUGCUUCACCGUGAUUUGAAACCGGGCAACAUCCUCCUCAACGCAAACUGCGACUUGAAGAUAUGUGAUUUCGGGCUAGCUAGAGUCACGUCCGAGAGUGAUUUCAUGACUGAGUAUGUUGUCACGAGAUAUUACCGUGCACCAGAGCUGCUUCUAAACUCUUCUGAUUACACUGCAGCUAUCGAUGUUUGGUCUGUUGGUUGUAUUUUCAUGGAGUUAAUGAACCGUGAGCCACUAUUUCCUGGCAAAGAAAAUGAUCAUCAGCUUCGUUUGCUCAUGCAGCUCAUAGGAACUCCAUCAGAAGAAGAGCUUGAGUUCUUGAACGAAACUGCAAAGCGAUACAUUAAACAACUUCCACGAUAUCCUCGCCAAUCCAUGGCUGAUAAGUUCCCCACAGUGCAUCCUUUAGCUAUAGACCUUAUUGAGAAGAUGCUGACUUUUGAUCCUAGACGCAGAAUCACAGUUUUAGACGCUCUGGCACAUCCAUACCUGAAUUCGCUGCAUGACAUCAGUGACGAGCCUGAGUGCACCAUACCUUUCAACUUCGAUUUUGAGCAACAUGCGCUCUCAGAGGAGCAGAUGAAGGAGCUUAUCUACCAUGAGGCGCUUGCUUUCAAUCCAGAAUAUCAGCAAAUAGUUUGAAGAAAUAGCAUUGGGGAGAUGAGAAUGGGAACAUGUUUGGUUUGAUCUGGACAUCAUUCUUGAAAAGAACAAGCACCAUUGUUUGUCUUUUGUGUAUACACUUGUGAGAGAUGCUUGAAGGGGAUUGGGAUCAACGGCCUCAAACUUUUAGUUUCUUUUGUUUUUUUUUGUCUCCUGUAUUUUACGUAUUUGUAAGUUGCCUUCAUUUUUCUUGUUGCAAUUAUUAAGACCUGAUAAGUUCAAAUCAACUGAGAAAUAGUUUUCAUUGUGUCAAAUAUUGCUGAAAUACAAAUUGAGUAUAUGAUGAACAAAAGUCUCAAGUCUUCAAGUGUGUCAACUCUUAAGGCUGCCAAAGAAUUUAGAUAAAGGCACAGGGCCAUCAUCCUCAUCUUUUCUCUUGCUUGAGUGUCUUCCUUUUGAUUUGUGUUUCUUCUCCCUUUUGGAUCUUUUAGAACUUGACCUUGAUCUUCUAGAUUCUUCUUCGUCGCUACUUGAUGAUUCGGAGGAUGAACUCGAGGAGGAGCUUGAGUCAGAAGAAUGCCUUCUUGAACGCUGCAAAUCAAGAAACACAAUGUGUGUGUUAUUAGAAGCUAAGCUAAACAACAUAACAGAAUACGUUCAAACUAAACUCAAUGUAGUUGUUAUAAGCAAAGACACCUUUCUCUUUUUGCUUUUCUUUC